AUGCAAUCUCAGACGUUAGACUUGCUAGCCUUAAGUGAGACUCGUCUUGACAACACCUUCACUGAUUCUGCAGUGUCCAUAGAUGGUUAGACACUUAUUAGGCGUGACCGGUGCAGAGGUGGUGGUGGUGUUGCCAGGUACGUUCGCAACGUCAUCGACGUUAAAAUCAGAUCCGACCUCUCUGAUCCAGAUCUUGAGUUCUUGUGUAUUGAAAUAAAAAACCCAGAGCCAAGCCAUUUCUUAUUUCAAACUAGCAUAGACCUCCGAAUUCUCCAAUUGAGCUCUUUGAUAAGUUUGACGUCCUUCUGGCAAAGAUUGAAGCUGAAAAUGUUGAAUCAAAUAUAA